UAUUUUGGCUAUAAUUGCAAAAUUGACUGAUAUAUUCUUCAAAAUGCCCAGACCAAGAAAAAGUUCUUACGAGGUAGACAAGCCGCCAUAUAGUUACGUAGCAUUGUGUGCAAUGGCUAUUCAUAGUUCACCUUACCAAAUGAUGACGUUAAGCGAUAUUUACAAAUAUAUAAUGAACAAGUUUCCUUUUUAUCGUAAAAAUAACAAAAAGUGGCAAAAUUCUCUCAGGCACAAUUUAUCAUUUAACGAUUGUUUUGUUAAAAUAUCAAAGACAUCAAAACCUGGUGGAAAAGGCAAUUACUGGACUAUGCAUAAAGAUUGCUUUGAAAUGUUUAAUGAAGGAUCUUUUUUAAGACGAAAAAAACGCUUCACAUUGUAUGAAGAUGACUACAUUGCCAACGUAGUUAAUAAAGUAUCAAGUUCAAGAGAUGGUACAGAAAGACUGUUUUCAAAAAGUUCAACAAAUAUGAAAGAACCUUCUCAGAGGUGGAAGUCGUUUAACAUUGAAGACAUUUUAGACUUAAAAAAGAAUCAACAAAACAAAAGCGAUUAUUGCAUUAAUGACUAUUAUACUAACAAUGAACAAUUAAUAAAAGAAUACUCAAACCAAACCUUUUCACGUUUAUGCGUUUAUCCUAAAUUCUUUGGACCAAGCUUACCCAUUCUAUGCUAUAAAUGCCCAUUAAAUAGUCCAACUAAUUUAGUCAGUUUACGAAGCUCACAGGAUUUAGAACGAGUAAGAAAUUGACGAUUUAUAAUAUAAUCAAAUAUAAUAGACAAUUUUUGAAUGUCUAGAAUAUAUCUGAGCAAAAUUUUUUUUGCGCCAUUUUGAAAA